AUGGCUGCCCCAUUCGCCACCGGCCCCAUCCCCAGACGGCAGUUCACCAUCACCCGGCCCACCUUCGGGCAGCACUACGAUGUCGUGUCCAGAGACGGCCAGGAGCACCUCUUCUACAUCGACGUAUCCUGCUCCUUCUCGCGCAGCCAGCCCGACCUGACCGUGCACGCCGGGCCCAACACUGCCUCCCCUGUGGUCGCUGUCGCCCACAUGCCCAAGCUCUCCGGCCCCUUCAAGAUCGGCCUCGGCGAUCCCGUCUCGCACCCCAACGCCAUGCGCUGGGAGGACAUGAUGAGGGAGGGCUUCGCCGGUACGGAGCACCGCUGGGCCGUGACUCUCGCGCCGGAGUUGAACCGCGGCGCGAGGAGGAAGAACCUCGUGUGGAAGCGCACCAGCUCCGUCGCUGCCGACGGCAUGCGCAUCUCUUCCCUCGCCCCGCGCAACUUCAAGCUCGUCGACGUGGAGACGGGCGAGGUCCUCGCCGUCUUCACGAGCGAGCGCGGGCACAGCGCGUGCGGCGUGCUGCAGGUCAACACCCACUGGGGCCCGGACUUUGACCUCAUGGUCCUGACGACGUGCGUCGCCACGUACGAGAAGGCACGGAGAAGGUCGUCAGGCGCGGCAGCGGCUACGGCGUGA